AAGCAAGAGUUGAGAAUGAAGCUCCUCAUGCGAGGGGUUACAUAAGUCAUGCUGCCACUGCCUUGGUCGGUGCCGUGGUGGGUGGUCUCGGAACCAUUGCUCUGCUGGCCUCCCUGCCUCCCGACUUCUUCAACUAGAGCGGCCAAUAAACGAGUGUAGGGAGGGGGCUUGGGGGGGGGGGGGGGGAUCUUCACAUUGGGUGGUGUCCUGGAAUGAAUAGUCGGGUCGUAUGGUUCAUGUAUGCUUGCUUUGCUUAAGGAGGAGCGAGGGAUGCAGAGAUUCAACUAGGCGCAUAGGAUUUCUUUUUUCGGACUGCAGAUUGCAAUGCCCAGACUUUUUGUCUUCUUUGUCCUUAUUUUCCCCCUUCUUUCUGUCUUUAGCUUUAUCCCCCUCCAUCAGUUGCUAUGUAGUAAUGACUUACAAUUCAGUUGGUCUCGCAUCCUGUACGAGGGAAAAUCACCACACAUGUCGGAAAAGGGUCCCCCCAGCCUGCCCUGCAGUGUUCUACCUUCUUUCCACUGCUCCAAACCUUCCAUUUUCCCAGUCCGUCACACUCGGAGGAUGUUGUCAAACUCGGCCUACCCGGUUCUUUGGGUGUUGCGUUCAGCCCUAGCCCAAAGUCUCAUGUGGGCUGCGGUGAAAGGGUCGAGGGAACGAAGGGGAUUGAUUUGAGGCAGU